GCUCAAAGGUCACAUCUGAGAAAAGGAUUCAUUUGGUGCUGACUGUCACAACGAAACAAAGUCGGUAAGUGAGAGGAGGAAAAACAGAAGGAAUUACCAUGGUGGUCUUCUCAGAAUUUCAGAAGAUUGGUAUUGGUCUGAUGGGAUUUGGUUUCUUUUUCUUGCUCUUUGGUAUGCUGCUGUACUUUGACUCUGUCUUGCUGGCAUUUGGGAACAUCUUGUUUCUGACUGGCUUGACGCUCAUCAUCGGCUUCAGAAGGACAGCCCACUUCUUCUUCCAAAGACACAAGUGUCGGGGUUCUUUUUUCUUCCUGGGAGGCGUGUCUCUGGUGUUGUGCCGCUGGCCAAUAAUUGGCAUGCUGGUAGAAAGUUAUGGCUUUGUGCUUUUAUUCAGGUCCUUCUUCCCCAUGGCCUUGGGAUUUGUGCUGUCAGCUGUGAAUAUCCCUUUCCUCAACACAUUUUUUUCCAGCAGCUCCUCCAUGGUAUGAGCAGAAGAACGUUACAACAACAAAGGAGGGUGGUGACGAUAGCUAUUUAUUGAAUUGAUGACCAGUAAAAACAAUUCACUUCGUACAGUGUACUGUAUUUUGUACCCUAUAUGUUUACAAUUAUUUAGCUGCUUAAAGCUACUCUAACUCAACACUCAAACAAAUAAACACAAAUAACACACA